AUGGCCGACGGUGGUAGCGAUCGUGACGGGCAAAAUGGUGUUGACCCCGCGGGACAGCAGCAGCAGCAGAUUUUUGUGCCCGUUGUGACGACACACCAGCAUCAGCAGCCGUUCAUUCCAGUUUCUUCGGCUCAGCAGCAGUUCCCAACCUUCCCACCCCACCAAACGCAAGCGCCGCAGCAAUCGAUAACCCAGAGCCAGAUGCAACAGCAACAAAUCAUGGCUCAGGUGAUUAAGCUGCAGCAGCAGUCCGACGACGACAGAAAGCAGCUUUUUCGCAGCAUCUCGUCGUCGAUUAACGUGCAAGUAUCACCUAACCCGGAACAGAUCCUUGACUCCUUGGCCAGCAAUAUCAAGGAAUUCCGGUAUGAGGCCGAAAGCAACGCUACUUUCGCGGCCUGGUACUCUCGAUACGACGACCUUUUCGAGAAGGAUGCUGCAAGGUUGGACGACGAAGCGAAAGUUCGCCUGCCUAUGCGAAAACUGGGUUUAUCGGACCAUGAACGGUACGUGAGCUAUAUUCUCCCGAAACUUCCAAAUGAGUUUAGUUUCGCUCAGACAGUUGUCAAGCUCAAGAGCCUGUUUGGAGCGAAAGAGUCGGUUAUCAGCCGUCGAUACCGAUGCCUGCAGAUCGCGAAGAACCCCACUGAGGAUCAUGUGGCGUUCGCGUGCAGGGUGAACAAGGCUUGCGUGAAGUUUGAACUGGGGAAACUCACCGAGGAGCAGUUUAAGUGCUUAGUGUACGUGUGUGGCCUGAAAUCGGAGAACGACGUCGAGAUUCGCACUGGUAUCCUCACGAAAAUCGAGUACAACAACGACGUCACUUUGGAGCAGCUCUCCGAAGAGUGCCAGCGCUUAUUCAAUCUGAAGCACGACAGCGCGAUGAUUGAAUCUCAGGCUCCGUACAGCGAAGUACAAGUGUGCAAAGUACCGGAGACCCGGAAGCAAGAAGAAGAAAGAACCACGACCAAGGUGGUGGUUGUCGACGUGUGCAGCGUGCAGCAACGGCGCAGAUUUGUCUCCGUUGGCCUAUCCGGAACGGACAUCCGGCUGCAACUCGACACCGCCUCGGACAUCACCGUAAUCAGCAGGGAAAGUUGGAAAAAGCUUGGCAGCCCUGCACUAUCGGCCUCAACGGUGAAAGCGAAGACAGCGUCCGGCAACAUCUUGUCACUCGAUGGGGAAUUCGAGUGCGACGUCACCAUCGACGAAAACACACAGCGUGCGUUGAUCCGUGUCACCGAGAACAAACUCCAUCUACUCGAUGCGGAUCUGGUGGACGUCUUUAACCUCUGGUCCGUGCCCAUGGACAGUUUCUGUUGCCACGUGUUGGGUUCUCCUACGACGACCGCUGCACUCAAGUCGUCUUUCCCCAACGUUUUCAGCGAGCAGCUCGGCUUGUACAGCAAAACGAAAGUGAAGUUGGAGCUGAAAGAAAGUGUUCGACCCGUAUUCUACCCGAAGCGUCCGGUUGCGUAG